ACAAAGAAGAAUUCUCACUGAACUAUAAUUGGCAACACCUCAGAGAGUGGUUAGCUAGUUAGUAGUCCUGCGCGGUUAAUAUUUGUUCCUGUCACACAGCGACAAGAAUGCCAACACUGUCACUGUGUUCAGCAUACAACUGCAAAAACCGCAGCCCCAAAGCUGGUGUGGGAUUUUUUAGAUUCCCCAAAAAUGAUCCUGAAAGACGCAAACAAUGGAUUAUUAAUAUGAAGUGUAAAGGGUGGAAUCCGCAACAAAACCACCGUGUGUGCUCUGUUCACUUUGAAGACAAGUAUAUUUGCGGGAGGGACAUACGUCAACGCCUCACGCCAGACGCAGUCCCGACUAUAUUCGACUAUCCAAAAAACUUUCAAAAGAAGAGUAUUACCUGGGCAGUCAAAGAUGUUUCCCCGAAGGUGGCAUGUGAGAACAUGGAGUUCCAACUUCCACCCCUCAAGCACAUAAUAGAGAUCAAAGACGCAUGGGAGUGGCUGGUUAUAGACAUCAGAGGGCCGCUGCCCUUGACAUUGAACGGACACCAGUACGUUCUGACCUUGACAGACUUCUACUCCAAAUGGGUGGAGGCCUUCCCCCUGAGAUGUUGUAGCUCUACUGAGGUAGCACAACAUGUAGCUGAAGUCAUCUCUCACUUUGGCUUCCCUUUUGGAAUCCUUGUUCGACUGAAGAAGAACUUUACCAGUAAGAUCAACGUUGCUUUGAAGAGUCAUCUAAAGCUGAGUGGGUUCUCUCUCUUAUACCGUCAUCGGCAAGUUGGAUCACUGGAUCUGACCACACAGACACUGAUCAGCAGGAUGGUGUCUGAUCUUGUGAACGACCAUCCAUACAACUGGGAUGUCUGCCUCCCUGCGAAGGUGUUCAGCCUGUGUUUCAAGGAGCACCCCAAGACCAAGCAGAGACCUUUCUCUCUGCUGUGCUGCAAAGGACCACAGCCAGUCACCACCCCUAGGGAUCUGUCUUUCAGUCCUGCAGAGCUCAGAGAGAGUUCCUUUGCAAUCCAGUCAAAUCAAGAGGGUGGGCAUGACACUGAUCCGCAAGGCAUGGUUGGCAUUGAAUCUGGGAAGGAAACUGCUGGAAAGAGCACAGUUACAAGGGUCUCCUUUUUUAGGAGCAGCACAGAGAGUAACACAGACGGUAACCCCAACAGUGAACCAUCCUCUGAAGAUCAUCAUGCCAUGGAAACCUGAAUCAUUUAUUGGAUUAGUGCUCUAUCAGUCAUGCUGCCAUAUUUUUGGGGAAUAGGUUAUUUUGGUUUUCUAAGGUGUCUUCAUUUUGUUGAAAAACACUUUGGUUCAAUGUUUGGCUGGUGCACUGUUUCAAGAUUGGUAGCAGAGAUAUCAGUGUGGGUCAGGAAUUUAUAUACCACCUGCAUCAAUUCAAUCAGCCAAAACAUCAUGCAUAGAUGAUUGAUUAAUGAUAAGGUGAUCCCUAAAAGCAAUUGCUAUAUUUUGAAAUCAAAUUGUAUUUGUCAAGUGCUGAAUUCAACAGGUGUAGGGUGUACUGUGAAAUGCUUACUUAAGAAAGGAAACUGUAACAAUAAAGGAACAACAACCAGGAUCUAUACAAGGGGGAACAGUACGGAGUUCAAUGUGUAGGGUACGUGGUAGUUGAGGUAAUAUGUGGGGGUAAAAAUGACUAGGCAAUAAGGAUAGAUCAUUAACAGAGUGGCAGCUGUGUGUGUGUGUGUGUGUGUGUGUGUGUGUUGGAGUGUCAGUGUAGUAUGUGUCACUGUGGGUAGAGUCCAGUGAGUGCAUAGAGCCAGUGCAAAAAAGGGGGGUCAAUGUAAAUCGUCGGGGUAGCAAUUUGAUUAGCUGUUCAGCAGUCUUAUGGUUUGGGGGUAGAAGCUGUUAAGUUGCUUUUUGGUCCCAGGCUUGUCGCUCUGGUCACGCUUGCCACGCGGUAGCAGUGGGAAGUCUAUGACUUGGGUGGCUGAAGACUUUGACCAUUUUUAAGGCCUUCCUCUUACACUGUCUGGUGUAGAGGUUCUGUGUAGCAGGGAGCUUGGCCCCAGUGAUGUACUGGGCUGUACACACUACCCUCUGUAGCGCCUUGUGGUCGGAUGCCAAGUAGUUGCCAUACCAAGAGCUGAUGCAGCCAGUCAAGAUGCUCUCAAUGGUGCAGCUGUAGAACUUUUUAAAGAUCUGAGCGCCCAUGCCAAGCCUCCUGCGGGGGGAGAGGCGAUAUCAUGCUCUCUUCACAACUGUGAUGUCUUUGGAUCGUGAUAGGUCUUUAGUGAGUUGUACAACGAAGAACUAGUAUCUCUCAACCUGCUCCUCUAGAUGUGAAUGGGGGUGUGCUCAGCCCACUGUUUCCUGUAGUCCACUAUCAUCUAAUUUUGUCUUGCUGAUGUUGAGGGAGAGGUUGUCCUGGCACCACACUGCCAGGUCUCUGACCUUCCUGUAGGCUGUCUCAUCAUCGGUGUUCAGACCUUACUUGAUCUUGAUUACAAAGGACAUGAAGACAAAUGCAUUUCUAGCUAUUUUAAUCAUAUGUACCAUACUAAGCACUCUUGAGGCCAUACUAUAAUUCCAGUUGGGAGCAUGGGCGCUGCCAUGCUGGUGGGAGCACAGUCACUGAUGUCUGACAUGGGUAAAUCCAUUUUAAUUUAAUCACUUUUUAACAGCAACCCUUUUGAUUUGAACAAAACCUCACAUACGCAUACUGAACCAAAUAUAAACGCAACAUACAACAAUUUCUAUGAUUUUACAGAGUUACAGUUAAUAUAAGGAAAUCAAUCCAUUUUUAAAUAAAUUAUUUAGGCCCUAAUCUAUGGAUUUCACUCCACUUGACUGGGCAGGGGUGCAGCCAUGGGUCAGAAUGAAUUUUUACCCACAAAAGGCCUUGAUUACAAACAUACUGUUUACACGUCUACAGUUGUAAGGCCAGUUGGACGUAGUGCCAAAAUAUCUAAAACAACGUUAGGAGCAGCUUAUGGUAGAGUAAUGUACUUUCAAUUAUCUGGAAACCGCUCUGGUGGACAUUCCUGCAGUCAAGCGUGCCAAUUGCACGCUCCCUCAACUUGAGACAUCUGUGGCAUUGUGUUGUAUGACAAAAUUGCAAACAAUUCUAGGAUAUUUUAUUUCAGCUCAUGAAAAAUGGGACCAAAACUUUACAUGUUGCAUUUUUAUAUUUUUGUUCAGUGUAUUUUAUAAUUUUGUGAAAGAAAAAAAUGAAAUGGGGUAUCUAGUGCAAGCAACUCGUGCUUGUCUUUUACUUACAGUUUAUCCACCAGCUGAAAAUACUUUCUUUUUUAGUUUAUUGAAAAGCUAUUUAAUGGUACAAUGAUUCUGAACACUAUGGCUUGAAAAAAAUAAAACUUUGAAACACUAUCAUUCAACUACUAUUGCAGCUAUACAAGGGACAUUUUCUGAAUUACAAUGCAAAAAUAUUACGUAUAGCUUCUUUAACCUUUAAACCUGUAAAUUAUUUAACGUGUACACUUCGGGUCAACUUUGAUCUGCUUGGCAUUCAGGUCCACAAAUUAACUUUCUUACUACUUAUUCCAUGAUCAAACAUGUAGGAAAGUUUUUGUUUAAAUCAAAAGGGAUGCUUUAAAGUGAUCGAAUUCAAAUAUUUUUACCCACUUGCAAAUAUUUCUCUCAUGGCUCUCAUCAAAGGCUGGAAUACGAACCACAUGGAAUUGAGUUAUUUGUUAAAUGCCAAGACUUGUAUGCUUUAUAAUGUAUUUAUUAUGGGUGUCUCUUGUUAUUGUGGAGCAUGCAGGUGGAGUUUUAACCAAAUGUACAAUUUAAGAAAUAUUCUCAAAACAAGGGAAGUUUAAAAACCCAGCAAAAAGCUACAAUAAACAAACCCAAGCCAUGGCCAACACAAUAGUUCAAACAUGCAUGGAAUUGUUGAGAGUACUAUAUUGUUGAGUACUUUACAAAGGCAGUGCCUGUCUGCUUGUUAUUGAACUGCCCAUUUUUUUUUGUCUAUAUGUUGCCUCUAAGUCCUUUUGUAAGCUUGUUUUGUGUCGGGGAGUAGGGUUACGGAUGAAGCUGCUGUGGGAGCCGGUGUUGUCUGGGACGUCACAUGGGAAACAAAUGGCACAAAGCACUGUCCAGGGCAGUUCAGGACUGGACCAGUCCACCACUACUGGUGCCACAGACAUUCGGGGCUACAGACAGCUGGCGCUUCGGUGAAUAGCUGCAUCUGUGCAUGAUUGGAAGUGGUCCAGCCGGGGCUGUGCGUUCUUAGUUUUGGCCUGCCCUGCUGUGUUUUGGAGGUAGCUGUUAUACAUGCUCUUCUUGGUUGUACUGAGGGGCAACAGGGCAGGUUUUUGCAGGCUGCAGAGGCUCUGUGGCUUAUGGGUGAGGGAGCUGAAUGCCCUGGAGGAGCACUGACACGUCCUGAGUCUUCUACCUGCUGUUGUGCCACUGCACUCAGGUGUUCUGGUUCACUUCAUACAACUGCAGUGUGCUAUUUGUCACCACCCACUGUCUGAUCUUCUUGUAGUCCCGCGGAAUGAGGGUCCACCUUGUCCGAGCUGCCUUCCCCAUCUUCUGAGGACUAGGGUAGACACAGUCAGGUGAACACGGUCUCUACCUGAUAAGGGAAUGUGUUUAAAGUAAUGACUAAAGGAUUCCACCCUGAAAUCAUUUAAAUGUGUUAGUAGUCAUAAUUCCAUAAUAUGUGUGACUAGAUCAUUGUGUUGCUGUGUAGUGGUGUGAGAGUUGAGAGAACAAAGGACAACAGGAAAGAGGCUCCUUCCAAGGUCCCUCUUAUCUGGGGAGGAAAGGAAUGGAGAGAAACUGCCAAGGCGGGUAGAAAAGUGAUAAACUCUGUGUGUGUGUGUGUGUGUGUGUGUGUGUGUGUGGUGUGUGUGUGUGUGUGUGUGUGUGUAAGUAGGUGGGGGUGAGUUAUAAAAUGACAUGUCUUUGCAUUUCGGACUUUAGAACAUUCUCUGAAUAAACCUUACAGACCUUUUGCAGAA